GAAACCCAAUCUGAAUUUGGAAAGACUUUUAUUUAGUCUAUAUAGAUAUAUAUUUAUUGAUAAUUGAUAUGAUGGAACCCCUUAAGCAGAAUUAUAGAUAUGAUGUCAUUGUGCAGAAAGCCAAGCUUCCAGAUCUUCCCAAGGAUGAGAAGGGAGAAGCGGAUCGCACAUUUAGUCUUCGACUAUUUCAGGACUUUGUCGAUCUGCCGCCAAACCGUAUACUGGUUAAAUAUUUUCCCAACAGGCCGUUGGGUGAAUUUAUGACGAGUCCUUGUGAUCUCAUCGGGUCGCUCAGUUCCAAGGGUGUCUGCGUAACAGUCUACGACAACAACGAGAUAGUGGGGUCCGGCAAUGCGAUGUUGUCGGAUCCCGGGCUCCGACAGUUGACCAAUCAGACAUUCAAGGUCAACGAGGUGGUCACAGUACAGCUGCAAAAGGAUAAAAAGAAUGUAGGCUCCCUCGAAUUGAACAUCAAACUCAGCUCAGCGGAUCCCGAUCUGGACACUCGUUUGCAGCAGUUCGGAUGCUAUGAUAUAUGUCGGCCACUGGACAAAUCGGUGAAUCCCCGUGACGUUAUCUUUACCCUGGGACGAUCCGGCAGAUGUGCAGCCACCACUUGCAUCACCGAUGAGCGCCUGAUGUCGCAUGCUGGGGCACCCUUUAACUGCAUCCACGCGAAGAGUGAUCCAACUGCUGAGGAUUGCGGAUGCUUCAUAAGAGGAGUUAAGCCACCGCCAGAGCUGGAUCAGACAAAGGAUCGUGAGCGUAAGCUGCUCAAGAAACUGCUUCUAGAUCUGGAGAUAGAUCGAGAACACACUCCCACUCCGCCCUCGGGACAUUCUCGUUCUCGAGCCGAGAAAUGCAAGUGUGACAAGACCAGCAACAGUAGCUCGUUUUCACCUCUAGAAUUCUGGUCAGAUGUCUUGGAUGACGACGAGGAGGAAAGUCAACAUGUGAACAAUCUUGAUCUAUUGCCACAUCAGAUCCAAGAGCUGGAGGAAAAUCGCAAACGUGCGCUGGGUGUGUGUCCUCCAAUUGGGCCUCCAGCCCUGAUGAACACCAAGUACAAACCGCCUCUUCUCUGUCCCGUGUGCAAUGCUAACAUCACCUGGUUACCCAAGAUUGCCGCCUGUCCGUAUUGCGGCUACAAGCGCCUAGACAUGGAACAGCCCAGCGAGGAGCCCUUCGAUGAGACGGCCACGGCAGCAGAGGUUCUCCGCAAUCAUUACAUACAGACGAAGCUGCAAAGUCAGGACGAUAAUCAGAGAAGACACUCCGCCUGUGUGAAUGGCGCAGGAUCAGAUCAGACUAUCAAAAAACUGCCCAAAGAAUGCACCUGCAAUCCAGAGAGAGUUUGCACACGUUGUCGCAUUCGAGACAUGUGUGAACAACUCUUCAAAUCGGUCAGCAAGACGAAGGUUCCGGCAUCGCUUCAAGCUUCACCCCAGGCCUCUGUCAAAACUCUAAAGAAGAAGACAUCGACGGCAUCGCAACGACGUGAACAAUUGGUGAACAUUUUCACGGAAAUGCGCGAUAAUUACAGUGAUAGAAAGAAACCAGCGGAGGAGGCAACAGGAAUGACAGUAAAGUCAGAGAAUCAGAAAAAGUCGGGUAAGCAGGGAAAGUCGGGAAAGAAGGGAAAGACGGGCAAAUCGGCAAGCUUGAAGAAGACGCUCAAGGAGAUCGACGAAACUUAUCCAAGCAAGUUAAAGAAAAAGAAGAACCGAAAAACUCAACGACGUUCACGCUCCAAGCGCUAUACCUUCCUGGUGCGAAAGGAACCGGUAAAUCCUGUGAAGACACAUCUCUGCUGCACUCGGGGCAGUGCCAGAGUGCCCUGCAACAUGGGAUGGAUGUGGACUGAAAGUGAGUUGGCGCGUCACAGAUGCUGGAAGCCCGGUGCCAUUGCGAAGCCCAUUCGCGAACUGAUGGCCUACUUCCUGAGUGAUUAUCCCGUCGACGUUGUGAGUACUUCUCGCAGACACUGUCGCCGACGAGGACAAAGAAAGGGCGAAGAGUCCAAUGAACCGGAGCAGCUGGUUCAACAUCCGACAUUGCAUAUAAGCAAGAAACAUGACGAGUUUACGAUCACAUUGAGACCCCUCAAGGAUCCCAAGACCCUUGCUGUGGCUGCCAAUCCAUAUGCGAACAUGAAGCCCGUUGUUUUUCGCAUCGUCAAGGAUCCGAUUGAGGCGGGAAAGCGUCAGAUUAAGAUUAGUCUGAAGGAUAGCGGUCAUCCCGUCUGCACCUGCAAUCAGCCAAUUGCCAGUUGCUUUUGUCGCUCCCAUGUUGACAAGAAGAUCGUAGAGCAUGCAGUGAAGAAGUUGGGCGAAGAACGUGGCUGGGGAGAUAUUUCCGAUACCUUCAUCUACAGCGAUCUAUCUGAAAGUGACAGUGAGAAUGAACUGGAGUUUGGAGUCACGCCGCCGGCAGGUGUCGUUAAACCCGAGCGCCUCCAAAAGCCCGACAUUGUACACAGUGAGACGCAGUACGAUCCCAAUGAUUGGGCCAUGCCCACAAUGUUCCCACAUCCGCCCAGCGCCCUCGUUCAAUACGGCGGAUGCGUUGUCGGCGAACGUCGUGGCAGAUUCCCCUGGAUUCUAGGCAAGGGUUACGUGCAUCGCGAGCCAAGGCCACCCAAGACGAUCAACAAGCCAAAAAACGAGAAGAAAUCAAAGGGAAGACAAAAAGGAGGAUAUGAUGGCAGUCUUCAAAAUAAUUACACAAUAAAGCGCAAAUGGCAUAAAUCGAAUGCUGCGAAUCAAACAUCAAUUACCUACGAUAAUGGACCUAUUUGGUGAUAAAAGAAACUUAAAAAUAUUUUAAAAAAUUAAAAAAAAAAAACAAUGAAAAUUUUAAGUAAAAGUUGAAAAAAUUCAAAAAAUCGAUGUAAGAAAAGAUGAGACAUGACGUAAAUAAAUGUUUAAUUCCGCACA